CACGGGCCUUAGAUUCGCUGAAGCACUUCAUUUCCUUUUAAAAAUCUUGGGCAAGUUGGAAUUCUUAUAUUCUUUAGGCAGCUUGACUGAUACAAAGUUCACACAUGUUAAAGGAAGGAAUAAGAGACCCAGCCUGGCAACGGGUGUUAGAAGAAGAAUUCCGGCAGCCUUAUUUCACGGAACUUGAAGAAAAAUUAGCGGAUGAAUACGAUUCCGGUGAACUGAUUUAUCCAGACAAAACCAGAAUAUUUCAGGCACUCAACCUUACCCCAUUCUACGAGGUACGGAUAGUUAUGCUAGGAAACGAGCCCUACACCGACGCAACCCCUAUUUCUGAUUAUUCACAAACUGUUCCAAAGGCGAAUGGCUUGGCCUUUUCGGUGCCAUUUGAAAUGUCCACUAUACCACGCACUUUGCAAAACAUUUAUAAGGAAUUGGAGCACGAUAUUGGCUUUCUAAUACCCACACAUGGCUGUUUGGAGAAGUGGGCACAAGAGGGCGUUCUUCUCCUCAAUGAAAAACUUACCGUUAGAGCUUCGAUGCCAAAAUCCCACGAUAAUAUUGGCUGGCAGACAUUUACCGAUAAUGUUAUCAAGGGCGUAAGCGACAAUCUUAGUCACGUGGUAUUCUUGUUAUGGGGAAACGCGGGAAAAAGAAAAGAAGGGCUCAUUGACGACAACAAGCACACGGUCAUAAAAACGGACCACCCUUCAGACAAACAGGGAGACUUUCACAACAGUUGCUGUUUUUCACAGAGCAAUUUUGCCUUAGUAAUGAAGGGACAGCAUCCGAUAGACUGGACACUACGACAAGAAACUUUUGACAAUGUUUUUAUAUGAGGUUGAUAUAUUUCUUGAUUGUUAUCAAUCACUGAUAAAAUUUGUCUAA